CAUCGCAUACUGCGGCAAAGCCAGAAACGAGGAAGAAUCUCCGGUAGUCAGUGAACCAUUUUUCUGUCGUCAAACGGAUCAAGCUUUUUGUGAGACUUGGAUCGGUCACAAAAAGCGGGAUUCGCUUUUCGCAUAGGAAUUGGCCUGUUCAGGAACGAGCUUAAUCACACAGAACGUUUGAAAAUUGUCACAAAAAUGGAGGAAAUGCAUCAACCACAACAGGUUGGGCCUAAUGUGAUGGCCAAUGUGGGUGGGGUUCCUAAUCAUUCAAAUAAUGUUAAUCGGCGUAGCAGAGCUAGAUUAUCUUUACACAGUUUGAUGCUGGAAAAACUUCCAUUAAGUGAGGCUGCACAAUUGGAGAUGAAAUCAUUAUGCAACAAAAAGCCAGUUUCUAUUCUUCAGGAAUUGCUUUCUCGUAGGGGCACAACACCAAAGUAUGAGCUAAUACAAGUAGAGGGUGCUGUCCAUGAGCCCAUUUUUCGUUAUCGUGUCACUGUUGCUGAUAUUGUUGAUCCAAUUAUUUCAGCAAUGGGGACUGGAAAAUCAAAGAAGGAGGCCAAACACACGGCCGCACGAGCUGUAUUAGAUAAGUUGUGUAGAGUAAAUAGUGACACACCAGAUUCUCCACUUCCAAAUGAUUUACCAGAUUCUGAAACUCUCCAAGAGUUACCUGCAUUUGGAGAAGAAAAAGCAAUGACAAAUCCAAUUGGUGCGCUACAAGAAAUGUGUAUAUCGCGUCACUUGCCCCCACCAAAAUAUACAAUGGAAAGUGAAGAGGGUCUACCGCAUGAGAAACAGUACAGUAUUGUUUGUUCUAUUCUAAAAUAUCGUGAGGUUGGCCAAGGAAAUAGUAAAAAAGUUGCAAAGAGGCAUGCAGCUCACAAAAUGUGGAGGGCUUUACAUGACGUGAAUUCAGAAAAUCCUAAUUUAGAUGAGGAUGAGGUUUUACAAAGAAAUGCAAAUGUGAGUGCCCGUUAUGCUGAUCUGAAAGGUAGCAAAAUUUCAACAUUAACAACUAUUCAUAGCCUUAAAGUUUCACAAUUUCAUAAAAGUCUGAAGUCAUCAACCGGUGUUAAGCUAUUUGAGCUACAGAAUACGUGUUUGAAUGAGGGCGAUAUAAAUUUGGUACAAUUUUUGCAAGAGAUUUCUUCAGAGCAGCAAUUUGAAGUAACUUAUGUUGAUAUUGAAGAAAAGUCUAUCAGUGGUAAAUGUCAGUGCCUUGUGCAAUUGUCUACUUUGCCAGUGGCAGUUUGCUAUGGUUGUGGUGUUACUAGUAAAGAUGCUCAAGCCAGUGCCGCUCAAAACGCUCUGGAAUAUCUCAAGAUCAUGACCAAAAAGUGAGCCAGCGCUUUGCUC